AUGACUGGCUACGAUUCUAGUAAGUCAAGGGUUGGCAAUGGUGAAGCAGAAAGAGAUUACCCACUCCUAGACACUGGAUUGGUUAAUUAUUCUAAUACCAACACAUCAAAUGCACAACAUGAAGGCGAUCAACAACGUAAUAAUAACCAACAUGAGGAGAAACAGAACCAAGAACAAACUAGUUGUAGCCAAGCGCAGGUGGCUCAACGAGAUUUAGUUUUAAAAGGCGGGGUGGAGCAUAAUACGGAUAGUAUAUACUUGUAUGAUCAGCCGCAAGCCGUCCGUGUGACUAUAGAAGAAACUCAUGAUGACGUAUAUUCUUCAUCAAGUAGUGGGGGGGAAGCACAGGGACGCAGAGAUAUUGACCAAGAGGAGAGCCCGCAAUCAAGGAAUCAGUUUUUCGACUCUACAAAUCUCGAAUUUAAUUCUGCUGAACAGGCUGCAAUGGAGGGCGAAUCUUCAGGAGCUGAUCCUGCGGAGCAGCCAUUUUAUGUCAAUGCCAAACAGUACUAUAGAAUAUUAAAGCGGAGAUAUGCACGAGCAAAACUAGAGGAACACUUAAAGGUAUCUCGAGAGCGCAGGCCUUAUCUUCAUGAAUCUAGACAUAAACAUGCUAUGAGGAGGCCACGAGGUCAGGGGGGUAGAUUUUUGACUGCAGCUGAAAUUGACGAACUCAAAAAACAAAAGGUAUCGAGUACCGUUAAAAAUAAAGUUGUCGAAUCGAGUCUAAAGGAAGAGUGUCGAUCAUCAGUGUCCAAACAACAAGGAUCUAAGCAGCAUAAAGCUCCUGAAAUUCAACCCCAGCAUCCCAGGCAUGUUAAAAGCAGUCCUGAAAAGUCGUACUACGCAGAUCAGUAG